UGCGGUCUCUAGUUGUUGUUGUGUUUCGAGAGCCUUCCCUUGAGCAGCAGCACGCGGCACCCUCGCCUCACCCACACCACUAACUCCGCCACAGCCACGUCAGGAGCACACCCGGGACCACCGCACUCCCAGACAUGACUGACAACGCCGCCAAGGUGCAGCAGCUGAAGGAGCAGGGCAAUGUGUGCAUGGAGGCAGGCAAGCUGGACGAGGCUGUGCAGCAUUACACCAAGGCCAUCGACCUCGACGCCACCAACCAUGUUCUCUUUAGCAACAGAUCGGCAGCAUACGCCAAGCAGGGGAAGUAUGAUGCGGCCCUGGAGGAUGCCGAGACCACAGUGCGCCUCAAGCCGGACUGGCCCAAGGGGUACUCGAGAAAGGGCACAGCGUUGCUCUACCUGCAGCGUAACCAGCAAGCCUCAGACGCCUUCCAGAGCGGCCUGACCCUGGACCCCAACAACCAGCAACUCAAAGAGGGACUCACGGAAAGUAAGAGAAGGAUACAGUCCAGUGCCAGCAGGGGGCCGUCCAUGUCACCCUUCCAGGACGCUGCCUCCUUUGAGAAGCUGAAGACAAACCCUCGCACCAAAGACUUCAUGAAGGACCCAGACUUCUGCAAAACACUGGAGGACAUCAGAAAAAAUCCUGAGCUAUUAAGAGAAAAGAUGCACGACAAACGGCUGCUGACCUGCAUUAGUGUCAUGAUGGGUCUGGAUGUGAUUGGUGCAGAUGAUGAAGCAGAGAUGGAGGACGCCUCAGAGACCACCACCAGCACUGCCUCCUCGAAGAACACACCCUCACCACGAGCACAGAAGGAGGAGAAGAUGGAUGUGGACAAGACUCCCGAGCAGAUCAGUGCCAUGAAGGAGAAGGAAGCAGGGAACGCAGCGUACAAGAAGAAGGAUUUCGAGACAGCGUUAACUCACUACAGCAAGGCCAUUGAACUUGACCCAACUGACAUGACUUUCCUCAAUAACAAAGCUGCGGUGUUCUUUGAGCAGCAGAAGUACCAGGAGUGCAUCAGUACCUGUGAGAAGGCGGUGGAGGUGGGCCGGGAGAACAGGGCGGACUUCAAGCUUAUAUCCAAAGCAUUCACUAGGACUGGCAAUGCGUACAAGGCUCUCAAGGAUUAUGGUAAGGCUAAGAUGUUCUAUGAAAAGUCUCUCUCGGAACACAGGACCCCAGAAACCAAGGAGCUUCUGAGCAAGGUGGAGAAGCUAAUCAAGGAACAGGAGCGGCUUGCAUACAUUGACCCCGCCAAGGCCGAGGAGGAGAAGACAAAGGGCAAUGAACUUUUCCGCAAGGGCGACUACCCAGGGGCCGUGCGUCACUACUCAGAGGCCAUCAAGCGCAACCCAGAUGACGCUAAGAUCUACAGUAACCGUGCCGCCUGCUACACAAAGCUAGCGGAGUUCAACCUGGGCCUCAAGGACUGCGACGAGUGCAUCCGACUCCUGCCUGACUUUGUAAAGGGGCAUGUUCGCAAAGGCAAGAUCCUGCAGGGGCUGAAGCAGUACUCUAAGGCCCAGGAUGCUUACCAGAAGGCCAUCGACAUUGACCCCAACUGCCAGGACGCUCUGGACGGCUUCAGGGAGUGUAUGAUGUCCAUGAACAGCGACCCAGAAGAGGUGCGCAAGAGGGCCAUGGCUGAUCCUGAGGUGCAGCAGAUCCUCAAAGACCCGGCCAUGCGCAUGAUCCUGGAACAGAUGCAGACCGACCCCAAAGCCCUUCAGGAUCACCUGAAGAACCCAGACAUUGCCUCCAAGAUUCAGAAGCUUCUCCAGUCUGGCCUCAUCUCCAUCCGGUAGAGGGUGUGAGGGCUGCCUGGAGUGCGGCUGUGGGCUCAGGGCGGGACGGAGGCCUUUCCCGCACCCUCCUCUGAUCCACACCCGCCCCACACCUGCUGCUCCCACUAACACUGCCCUCUCUGCUCCCAGUACACCACCAACUCCAUUCACCAGUCACUUCCAUUGACAGCCACCUCUGAUGAAAUGCAAGACUGUUAAUGCCACUACUGCAUCUACUUCUGCUGCUGCUGCUGCUACUACUGUGUGUGUGUGUGUGUGUGUAUGAUUGUUAAAGCAUUUCAGGGUGGCUUAUCUUUUAUUUUUUUUUUUUUUUUUUUUUUUUUUUUUUCAUAGCUAUGUUUUUAUUUGCUUGACAUACUUUACUUUCUGUUUUCAUGGGAUACAAGAUUUUACCUCAGGACAAACGCUGUUGCAUUCAUCUUCUCUCUCCCUUCUGGCAGGUCCUUGUCUUAGACAUGCCAGUGUUUACUGAUAUGGAUUUGUUAAGGUCUCCAUGAUUCAUAAGAUCUCUUUCAGUGUUUAUUUUUUAUUUUAAUUUUUUCUAAUUUAUUUAUUUUUAUUUAUUUAUUUAUUUUAUUUUAUUUUUUUUUUCAUGACUCUUAGUGGGUGAGUGUAUUUGUGGCUCGUUGCAUAUCUUGUGGCUUGCAGACUGUAGCUCAGUUCUGGCUGACGGUAAAGUCUCAGUGGGAGAGGAAGCACUCUUUCUUAACCCUUCCCAGUGCAAACUGACAUAAUGCAUCACCAUUCAGUUAUUCUACACUUCAGUCAGUGUAUAUUUGGGUUAUACUUUGUUUUUUUAUUUUUCUCUUACUUUUUUUAUUGUCAGUUCCUUUUUUGUCAUGGUUGAUUUGUUUAGCUUUUUUAUCAAUCUCCUCCAUCACUACUUUAAUUGAUAGUUUUUUCCACCUUUCACAUUUAUUUUCCAAUAAUUUUUUGCCUCAUUGAUACUUUUCUCAGGAUUUUCCCCCUCAUUUAUUCUUUUUAUUUAUUUAUUUUUUUUUUAUUAUUUAUUAUUUAUUUAUUUAAGAUUUUUUAUUUAUUUAUUUAUACAUCUAUUAAUUUAUCUAUUCAUUUAUUUAUUUUUGUCCUAGAACUGUUUUGUAGUGUUUUCUACACUCCCACUUCUUUUUAUUUGGUAUUCCACAUAACUUUUUAGUAAUUCCUUUCCCGAGGCCCACAAUGUGUAAAUUUCUCCACUUCCCACGACUUCUUUCCACAGUCCUUUCAACAGGAUAAACAUUGCUCAUAACAGCAUUUAUGAUAACACCCACUAAGGAGAUGCUAGGCUACACUAUUUAGACACCAAAACAACAGCCACCACCAUCUAUGAACAUACACCAUACAUACAUCUAUCUAUCCAUCAUUAUACCAGGCUGGCAGUCCCACACAGGAUGGCCCAGACAAACCACUGCAGCCUCAUACACACAUCAUUCCACUGGUGGUAAGAACACAUUUAUUAGACAAGCAUUCAGGAGCUUAGGACACAGACAAAUAUACACACAACAUGAUGAUGCACAUGACAAGACUAAUCCGACUCUAUGUUACUUAGACAUUAGUGAAAGAAUGUUUCUUGAUAUGUACUGUAAUAGAGAGAGAGAGAGAGAGAGAGAGCAAUUAAUAGAAGUGAUGAUACAUUAUUGUUGUUUUGUGUGGCUGAUGAUGUUAAUUAAUUAUUUGUGCCUGAGGAGAGAUGAUGAGGAUGAUGAUAAUGAAAAUAGAAGAGUAUGAAAGUUA